AUGGAUUCCUCAAAACCCGGACUCGACCUGGAGAAGGAGUUGACGUGCUCUAUCUGCACCGAACUCCUUUACCAGCCGUUGACUCUCCUCGAUUGCCUGCACACCUACUGCGGUGCAUGUCUGAAAGACUGGUUUUCCUUCCAGUCCCAACAGGUUGAAAAUUCGCCAAAUCCGCCUUCCCCAGGGAAGAAUAUCUUCACCUGCCCGUCAUGCCGUGCCUCAGUUCGCGACACAAGGCACAAUGCCACAGUCGCAACUCUUCUCGACAUGUUUGUUGCUGCGAAUCCCGACAGAAAAAGGUCUGAAGCGGACAUGGAGGAGAUGGCCAAGAAGUACAAGCCAGGCGACAAAGUUCUCCCGCGCAUAAGAAGCCCAGAGAGGACCCCGGAGGAGAGGCGUGCAGAGGCGGAGGAGAGACGGCUACUGGAGGAUGUGCGGGAGAUGAGCCUAAGGGAGGUCGGAGUGGAAUCUUCCCUAGCCCCACGGCAUCGAAGACGCAGGGACGAUAGCACUUCUAUUGAAAGCAGGACACGGCGAAGCCGAGAUCACAGUGGUGAUAGCCGCCACAGUCACAGACAUGAGGGCAGCCGUAGACCCCGCACCGAAGGGGACCAACUGCAGCCGGAUGCAAGACCGGGAGAGCAAUCGAGGCGGCGGCGGAGCGAGACCAGACAACACUUGGAGGAGCCGUCCGCCGAUACGCGACGCCGGCAGAUUGAGCACCAGUCAUCUCUGAGGUCUUUAAUAAGCUCCGGGGAUUUGAGUGAGCGAGAUAUCGAGAGAGAGAUUGAAGAGUUCGCCAGGCAAAUCCAGGAGGAAGGCUUAUUGGACGGCCUAGAUCUUGACAAUAUCGACCUGAGCCGUAACGAUGAACUGAGCCGGAAGAUUACAGAAGCUUAUAGGCGACGUCAGCGAGAGCGAGAGCGAGAGCGCACGAGAGGCGAUGGAGCAAGGAGGAGCAAUGCUAGUGGGCAAUCCAGAAAUUCUCCUGAUCGUAUUCAAGAUAUUAGAUCCAGCGCAUCGGACAAUGGUAGACCGACCAGCAGACAACGGCCCCAUUCAAGGUCAACCAGUGCCACUGGGUUUCCUGAUGAUCGCAGCCGCCCACCGCUUUCACAAAGUGCGAUGCACUUGGAGAUACGUCCAGAAGAAAGGCGCAGAAGGCGGCGGACUUCCAGCGGAGGGCGUAGUGCUACCACGCCUCUCCCUGCAACCCAGCCUGAAGCCCGAGUGGCGACACGCUCACAGACGGAUCUUACUCGCCCCCUGCUCAGCGAUGGGUCAACUGCGAGAGCUGCCUUUGGCGAAGCUAGAAGCUCGAGUACGCCGUCCGUGCCGACAACCCAAGCCCCAAGCGACCCUCCGACGCCACGAGAUCUCUCUUUCGCUACCCGUGUACCAAACCCGUCAACGCUAGUGUCCGCCAACUUUGCUGCCUCUCCUCCCACAGAGCCACUAUCACCCCGUAUCCAGCGGCCAAAUCGACCGGCAGACCUAUCCAUAAUCAGCCAGGCCACAUCAGGUCCUGUCGGCUUGGGCAUUGGCAGUCCAACUUCGUCGCCUGGUCAUCAACGUACCCGCUCUCAGUUGUACCCUGAGCCUUCAAUCACUUGCUCUCGAUGCGCGAAGCCGCACAUCGAGUACGAGCUUCACUACAACUGUGGAGUCUGUGCUAGUGGGAACUGGAACAUCUGCCUUGACUGCUACAGGUCAGGCAAGGGCUGCUUACAUUGGUUCGGGUUCGGUUAUGGCGCGUGGACAAAGUGGGAGAAGGCUCGACAAGCCGCCCAGGAGGACAUCCCAAGGCCACACAUGCUAACGGCAAAUCGGUAUCUCCAGCCCAGGGUCAUACCUGGCGGAGCUGAGGGCAGACGAACUCUCACUACUGAGGACCCUGUUAAGCGCCUUGAAAGCGGCAACUUCUGUGCACAAUGCUUGGCAUGGGCGAAUGAGUGCUUCUGGCGUUGUGACGUGUGCAAUCUGGGAGACUGGGGAUUCUGCAACAACUGUGUGAAUCAGGGCCGAUCUUGCACUCAUCCCCUUUUGCCCCUGACUUAUCAGCCGCACCAAGCCCAUACGCCACCUGCGAGUCCCAGAUCGCCUCAACCGCCUCAUUCGGCAAUGGUAUUGACGGGACCAAAUAUUCACAGCAUUGGUCCGUUCAAACCUCUUACGUUCACAACCCGCUGUGAUGUUUGCCAGGAUCCCAUCCCGCCAAGCCAUAGUCGGUAUCAUUGUUUCACCUGUACCAGCUCCAUCGAGCCAGACACACAUCCAGGCGACUAUGAUAUUUGCACAAACUGCUACGCCAAUCUGGAAGCUCGCGGCCAGGUCAGUCCAGAAAAUGGCCAUGCCGGUUGGCGUCGCUGCCUUAGCGGUCAUCGUAUGAUAGUCAUUGGCUUCCGUGAUGGGCCGGGCGGGCAGCUGCGGCACAUCCUCACCGAUCUUGUAGGUGGUCGUGGACUGCGAAUGGAACCGGCAACAAGCGACGAGCAGGCGUACCAGAAGUGGUGGUGGAAAGAGGGGACACUGAAACGUGAACGUUUCGUUACCAAAGAUGUGGCAGAAGAUGCGCCGACAGGCGACGGCCAGGCGCAGGGCUUCCCCCCGGAUGGUGGUGUAGGAAUGAAAGCGAGCGCGGCUUGGCCAUGGUUUCCGAAAGCUGAGGAUGAGCUGAUGUUUCCCAAGGGUGCCGAGAUCAGGGAAAUUGAGGAUGUUAACGGGGACUGGUUCUUCGGGGUUUAUAUGGGAGCGAAGGGGCUUUUCCCAUCGCCUUAUGUGAGACGCAUUGAUGAAUUGAGGGGCGGAGGUGAUCAUUGA